CGUGCCCGGCUCUUUGUGACUUCCGUGAGCCUCAGCCCCCCCAGUCGUGCCGUUGCCAGGAAACGGAAAGGAGCUGGGGCGGCGUGACCUACCAGCAGGCCGGGAAGAUCGUGGAGGCAGGCAGGCCGGGGAGAGGGACGGAGUGUGAUCGUGUGGGAUAAAGCGUGGGCAGCCCGUCACAGGCAGUGAGUUGACACAUACAAAAAUACCAGAAGCCUCAUGAAGCAGCUGCGUGAAAAUAAAGCUGGGGCCCAUCCCCAAAAGAAGAAUUCCUCCUCUGGUAAGGACAGUAAGACUCCAACCGUACGGACUCCGGAUAUCAGUGGGCAGAUCAGUAUCUUAAAUCGAAAACUCUUAGGCCAAAAACGAUCUCUACAAGUUUUGAGCAGCAUGGGAAGUGGUGCUGCGGGAAGUGCUGAUGAUGCCAAAAGACGUAAGCUCUUGCCCGAAGUGAACUCACCUAGCCAAGAAUCUGAAGAGGAGUCAGAUGACAGUGAUUAUGAGAGAGUGGAGAGUGAUAAUGAUGUCAGUGAUACUACAGAGAGCGAUGAAGAUGAUGGGGAUGAAACUGACAGUGAUGCAUCAGAAAGUAGUAAUGAAGACCCUGAAGAAACCGCAGGCCAGCCUUCUUCAAGGCCUGAUUUAACAAAAGAAUUGUCUUCAAUGUCUUUUGAGGAGCUGUUACAAAUGAGAAACCAAGUUGGGAUGAAGGCUUAUCAGCAAAUGACAUCUAAGAAAAGGCUACCAGAUGUCACAAAAACAAAGAAGAGGCCGUGUUUGAGCAAAAACAGGCCUUUGGAAACUUCAGCCAAACUGCCAGUACCUUUUUUGCGGCAAGUCGUGCCUGUUAAGAAAAAGGUGUCCCGAGAUCCUCGUUUUGAUGACCUCUCUGGGGAAUAUAAACCAGAAGUGUUUGAAAAAACAUAUAGUUUCUUAAAUGAUGUGAGGAAGAAGGAAAAAGAGACUUCCUUCUUGACAUCUACAGCUGAAAUGCAGAAAAUGGAACUUGCUGAGAAAUACAAACAACUGAAGAAAAGUGGGAAGCUGGAGAGUUUCCUGAACAAGAAGAGGAAAAGGAAUGCUGCUAAGGAUAAAAGGAAACUCCCUUUUCGGAAGGAUAGCUAAUGUCUGCCUAAACCCCCCCACCCCCCACAGGUUCCUACUUUGCCAGUUACACAGGCAACUCUAUGAAAGAAGAUGACCUCUUGUGUGUUACCAGGCAAUGAAGGUGAAUAGCCAGGAAUCAUCCCACAGUUCAAGAUACUCUGCCAAGUAAUUUAUGCCUGCUGAAAAAAAUGAUUGUUGUGCAAAAUUAUGUUGUUCCAAUUUCACAAGGACCUCUUAAACUUUGAAAAAGGAAUCUUUUUAGCAAUUAAAUUUCCUGCUGCUUGUUUUUCUUUUCCUAUCCUAUCAAUCUGAUCUCAGUCCCCUCUGCUUCUCCCAAAACUGUUCUUCCUCCUUCUAGUCUAUUUUUUCUACUGUGUGUAGGCUUGGCAUUCACCUACCGUUUUUAAGAAUUGCCUUCCUGGAGAGCACUCUUACUUUCCUGCAGCUACCCAUUAGUCCUGCUUGAUUGUGAUUCCAGCUGUUUUAUUUGCAGAGCUUAACAGAAUAACAAUAACUGAUGCUUAACAGAAUUUCCCAGUGAACAGCAGCACUGCACAAGCUAGAAUUUUCAUUUAAGCACUAUUUGCAGUACUGCAGAUGGAAGAAUCACAAACAGCAUAUUGAAUUCUAGUCUUGGCAUAUAUAUGUAUAUUUUCCAGCUUCUUACACUUUGGUUAGGGACAACUGGUUUUUUUGUAAUAUGAAUGCAUUUACUUUUACCGCUGAAGUGGACUAUGAACAGUCCCAUGUUUUUAGCAGGUUUUUAGAAAAUGUGUGUAAACAUAAAGAGUAUUAUUACAGUACAACAUUGGCAAUUUUCAUUUUGACUGAGUUUGCUGGAUCACCAGUCAGCAUCACUGUUUCACUGGGUGUAUUUUAAAAUAAAUUUGUUAUUUUUAUAAAGUAAAUAUUUUAUUUGUUGGUACAGAAUAUAGGAAUAAUAGAUAAAUCAUCCUAGCAAUAUCUCAUAAUCAAAUAAAAGUUUUAC